AUGGAUGUGGGUGGUGUAGGAAUGGGUGCUGGUGGUGUAUUUGGAACGGGGGUUGGUGGUGGUGAAACAGUUGGUGUUGGUAUCGGUGUUGGUGGUGGUGAUAAAGAUGGUGAAAUUGGUGCUGGUGGUGGUGAUAAAACCGGAUCCACCGGUGGUGGUGGUGAGGCUAAAGGUGGUAUUGGUGUAGGGGGUGGUGAAGAAAUUGGUACUGUUGGUGCUGGCGGUGGUGAUGAUAUUGGUACUGUUGGUGCUGGCGGUGGUGAUGAUAUUGGUACUGUUGGUGCCGGCGGUGGUGAUGAAAUUGGUACUGUUGGUGCCGGCGGUGGUGAUGAAAUUGGUACUGUUGGUGCCGGCGGUGGUGAUGAAAUUGGUACUGUUGGUGCCGGCGGUGGUGAUGAAAUUGGUACUGUUGGUGCCGGCGGUGGUGAUGCAAUUGGUACUGUUGGUGCCGGCGGUGGUGAUGCAAUAGGUACUGUUGGUGCCGGCGGUGGUGAUGCAAUAGGUACUGUUGGUGCCGGCGGUGGUGAUGCAAUAGGUACUGUUGGUGCCGGCGGUGGUGAUGCAAUAGGUACUGUUGGUGCCGGCGGUGGUGAUGCAAUAGGUAUUGUUGGUGCCAGUGGAGGUGAUGCAAUAGGUAUCGUUGGUGCUGGUGGAGGUGAAAAAAUAGGUAUCGUUGGUGCUGGUGGAGGUGAAGCAAAUGGUAUUGUUGGGGUCGGUGGUGGAGGGGAUGCCAAUGGUAGUAUUGGUGUAGGUGGUGGAGAAAAAGGGAUUGGUGUUGGUGGUGGUGAUGAAAUUGGUAGUACCGGUGCAGGUGGAGGUGAUAGAAGGAUUGGUGCUAGCGGUGGUGAUGCAAGUGGUGGUGGAAUGAUUGUUGGCGGUGGAGAUGCAACUGGAGGUGGAAUGAUUGUUGGUGGUGGUAAUGCAAGUGGCGGGUAA